AUGGCACAAUCAGCACUUAAAGUUAAUAAAGGAGCAAAGAAGGCUCCAAGAGUACCAAAGAGAGCUUCAAAAAUUGGAAUGCACAAGAAAAUAGGAGCAAAAAAGGCACAAUCUGAAAUUACCAAAAGAAAGAUUAUGGUUUCAAUGGAAACUGGUAUCAAGAAUAAGAUUGAAUCUGAAAUGCAAAUGAGAGUACAAAAGAAUAAUGGAAAUAUGUCUGUUCUCAAGAUUGACAAUAAGGCUGAUGGUAAAAAGGGUCCAACUCCAAAACAAAAGAGAAAUCAUUAA